CAUAAAAGUCUAUGGCACUAACUGAUGAUAAUUAGCUCUAAAAUGUAUGUAAGUCAGGGGCCACAAUUUAAUGUCCGACAUCCAUGCACAAUUCCUGAUCACAUUUAAGUCAUUCCAUGUUGACUGUCAGCUCUAUAGCUUUGAGCUAAGGCACACAUCAUUGGAUAUAUUUAGAAAAUUGUUCCUUGUUCAAGCACAUUGUGUUCUUCCAAAAAAGAUAUAAAUGAAAUGCUACACAGAACAGGAGGCACUGCAGGGGCCAAUCGGGUUCCCCCCGGCCCGCCCCUGUACAAAUCAGUCUCUCAAAAUGUCUACAAAUCUAUUUCCCCAACAAGAGCAAAACCCUAUGACAAUGUCAGAAUGUCUCCCCUUGCAGAAUCGAAAACCUUAAGUGGAAUUCCCCUUUUUAAAAAUACCAAACAUUAAGAAGGUGCUUGUGCAACAUCUUGAUUAUGCAACCGUCUGACUGUCUGGUGUUGUGCGUGCAGGACUGGGAACGGCUGCAUGCUGCUCUAAUGGACAUGCAGGCCUACUGGAAUAAGCUGGAGUGGAAGAGAAAACAGCUGGAGAAGGAGGAGAGCGAGAACAUGGCAGUGCGCACUACUUUACCUCAGAGCAUCAGGCACAUUCAGCUGGAUCUGAGGGACCUGAUGAGCCAAGUCACCAGUCAGAUGAGUUACAUGAGGAGCUCUUGGAUGAGGCCAGCAUCUCUUUUGGCACAAAGACCCUUGAGCCCAGAGCCCAGCUCCAAAACAGUCUGGGACCGGCGAGUGGAGGGUUACAUCAUUCUGAGGGAUCUCGACCUUUACCUCACCAAGCUGGCAAGAGAUUUCCUCCUGCUGGCUUCCAAGACACAUGUAUGACUCAAUACUGAAAAGCACUGUCACUUGUCACUUGUCAGCCAGCCAGACAAAAAAGAAGCUGAACCGACAAUUAGAACCAACAAAA